CUAGGGUGCCAAUAUGUAAAAAAAAAAACAAAUAAUUAUAGAAAAAUAAAAAAGUUUAAAUUUUGGCCAAGAUUUAUGAUGAAAUACUAUUUAUUUGCAAAAUGUUAUAAGAAAAACACUUUUUUUCAAAAUGUUUGUACAUUUUCAUUAACAUAGCAAAAAAAAAUUAAAUCCCAGUGGCGAAUAAAUACCACCAAAAUAAAGCUUUAUCUGUCUCAAAAAAAUGCUAAAAAAUUAAUAUGGGUACACUGUUGCAUGACCGCGCAAUUGUCAUUCAAAAUGUGAUAGCACUGAAAGCUGAAAAUGGGCCUGAACAGGAAGGGGGGGAAAGUGUACGGACUGGAAGUG